CACAACCCGGGCUCCUGCCCCGCCCGUCCUGCUCGCCCGCUCGUCGGUUCCCCCCGCGGCGGCGGCGGCUGCCCAGUGACAGCGACGGCGCCGCCAGGCCGGCCGGAAUAGCCGAGGUUCGCACGGCCCGGAAAUACACUCCGGGCCCGAGCGCGGCGCGGCGGCGGCGGCCGGCGGCGGGGGAAGCCAGGCCCGAGCCGGGCGGCGCGGGAGACUUCGCGAGGCGCCGGGCGCGAGGCCGGCGUGAGGGAGCGCGAAGGUAGUGGCCGCCGGCGGCCCGGACCCCGCCUGUCCUCGCGACCGCCGCCGCCGCCGCCGCCGGCAUGAGCCACAUUCAGAUCCCGCCCGGGCUCACGGAGCUGCUGCAGGGCUACACGGUGGAGGUGCUGAGGCGGCAGCCGCCCGACCUCGUCGACUUCGCGGUGGAGUACUUCAGCCGCCUGCGCGAGGCCCGCUGCCCGGUGGCCCUCCCGGCCGCCGCCGCCCCGCCUUCCUCCUCCCAGAGUUCUGAGCUCUUCGGGGACCCCGCCGCCGACGCCAAGGCGGACUCCGAGUCGGAGGACGACGAGCUCCUGGACGUUCCAAUUCCUAGCAGAUAUGAUCGGCGAGUGUCAGUCUGUGCUGAGGCCUUUAAUCCUGAUGAGGAAGAAGAAGAUACAGAUCCACGGGUGGUUCAUCCUAAAACUGAUCAGCAGAGAUGCAGACUUCAGGAAGCUUGCAAAGAUAUUCUCCUUUUCAAAAAUCUCGAUGAGGAACAACUUUCUCAAGUCCUUGAUGCCAUGUUCGAAAGGACAGUCAAAGUUGAUGAGCAUGUCAUUGACCAAGGAGAUGAUGGAGACAAUUUUUAUGUCAUAGAACGGGGAACCUAUGACAUAUUAGUAACAAAAGAUAAUCAGACCCGCUCUGUUGGUCAGUAUGACAACCGUGGCAGUUUUGGAGAACUAGCUCUGAUGUACAACACUCCGAGAGCUGCUACCAUUGUCGCCACUUCUGAAGGUGCCCUUUGGGGACUGGACCGUGUGACUUUUAGAAGAAUAAUAGUGAAAAACAAUGCAAGAAAAAGGAGGAUGUUUGAAGCAUUUAUUGAAUCUGUUCCCCUACUUAAAUCACUAGAGGUUUCAGAACGAAUGAAAAUUGUGGAUGUAAUAGGAGAGAAGAUCUAUAAAGAUGGAGAACGCAUAAUCACUCAGGGUGAAAAGGCUGACAGCUUUUACAUUAUAGAGUCCGGAGAAGUGAGCAUCUUAAUUAAAAGCAAGACUAAAGCAAACAAGGAUGAUUCAAACCAGGAGGUGGAGAUUGCCCGCUGCCAUAAGGGGCAGUACUUUGGAGAGCUUGCGCUAGUCACCAACAAGCCCAGAGCUGCGUCGGCUUAUGCGGUGGGAGAUGUCAAAUGCUUAGUUAUGGAUGUACAAGCAUUUGAGAGACUUCUCGGGCCCUGCAUGGACAUCAUGAAGAGGAACAUCUCAAACUACGAGGAACAGCUGGUGAAGAUGUUUGGCUCCAGCAUGGAUCUGACUGAUCCUGGGCAAUAGGUGGACCACACCUCAGAGCCUUCUCAGUGUGACACCAAAACCUUCCAGUCAGCCACAGAACACACAUGACAGAACUGUUUCUGCUGUUGCCACCACCGCUGCCAUUGCUGUGGCUGUGGGCAUUUAUAAAACUUGAAAGUCAGCACUAAAGGAUGGGCAGAGGUUCCACCCACACCUCCACAUUGCUUCUCAAAGUCCAUUAUUAGACCACUUGGAAUGAUCACCCCCACCCAAUUUUUACAUCUUUGGUUCAAAAUGGCAUGUCUCUCCAACAAUUUAAGUGCCUGAUACAAAGUCCAAAGUGUAAACAUCUUACUUUCCUCUCUUGCUGCUACUCUUGCUUUUGGAAGACACCACAGGUCUGUACAAACCUACUGUAUGGUUAUAGAUAUCCUCCUCCUCAAAAGGAAGGAUGUAUUGUAGCCUUUGAUCCCGUCAUUUGUCCUUUAAGAAAGUCCACAUUUGUUCAUAGUUGUAGCCUUUGGAUUUAUGAUGGAAAUGGUGGCAGAUGUGAAGGAGGUCUAUGGUCCUGUGUCAUUGUGCCGUCUGCUUUUUGUACUGUCUGUGUCCUGCACACGUUACAGCUCUCUUCAAACUCACAGUGACAUUUAGGGGAAAACCUUUUAAGGGCCCAGCCGAUCCAGACUCCAAAGCACAUUGAUUUACCAUUCAACCCACAUUAGAGCAGGAAAUUUGGAUUUAGCACACUCAUCAGGUAGCAGAGAGCCAGGGAACAUUUUCUGGGUUGGGGGUGGGUUGGGUCUUUUUUUUUUUUUUACUCUCUGUGCAGUUUGUGUGAAUGAGUUGUUAUCCGUUUAUAAGGAGCCAGGGUCUAAGAGGCAUCAUCAUUUUUUUCUGACCCAAUACUGUCUUGGGCAGCUCUUGCCAUCUCUUGCUUCAUUAUUCUUCCAGCUGUGUACCAGCAAAAGUCUAUACAUAGAGAACCCUUUCCUUCUACUCCAGACUUGUUGCAAAGCUUUGGUGUUGAGUCAUCAAUUUUCAAAUAAUUUAAAUAGAAAACAAUUUUGUUUUAUUUUGCUUUGUUUUUUUAAGAAAUUUUUUUCUUGGGCCAGAAUGAUAGUACAGUAGAUAGGGCAUUUGCCUUGCAUGUGGCCAACUUGGGUUCAAUCUCCAGCACCUUAUAUGGUCCCCAAGCACACCAGGAGUGAUUCCCUAAGUACAGAGCCAGGAAUAAGCACUGAGCACUGCCAGGAUGUGGCACCCCCCCACACCAAAAAAAUUUGUAUUUACAAAUUCUCUUUAGAUAUAUUCAUAUAUUUGGAGUUUGCCAGCUGAUAGUCACCAUAAAAAAAAAAACUCUUUGUUAGACUUUUUAAGAAGUUAGAAUCUUGUAUAAUUUCAUAGAGUUUCUGCAGAAAGCUUUCUAAUUAAAAUGUUGGGGUAUUUGGAUUUUAUUUGUUAAUCCAGAGGAAAGUAAGUUAGGCUAUAUUUUAAAACUUUUAAACCUUUAAAUUAAAUUGGGUAUAAUUCUGAUGACUCAUCCUAGUUAGCUAUAUUUCAAAAUAAGACUUUUUUUUCUUUAGAAUAACUCAGAAUCAGAUGCUACAAGGGAUCUAAGAGCAGCAUGAAAUUUGCAUAAAAGAUAAAUUUGAAUUUCAUAGUCAAGAUUCUGUUAAGUUAAAUCAAGAGAUCCUUUUUGAUUAGAUUUAACUUAUAUAACUCAGUGAGUCCCUGAGAGAGUACACAUUGGGCUUUCCUGUUGUGGUUAAUGAUCCUACAUGGCCAUCUUCCACUGCCCUCAAGCAAGGGACUUUUGCCAUGGACAUCGUGGUCCAAAAGUUUCUACACUGGGACCUGUGGAUGUGGCUCAGCAGUAAAGCACUUGCCUUACAUGUGUUAGGAUGUGUUCAAUCCCUAGCACCACCAAAAAAAAAAAAGAGAGAAUUCCAAACUGAUAAUCCACCACAAGGAACUUUUACCAGUUCUCCCUUUUUCUUGGGUCCAUGAAGCAAAAAGUAGGACUUUUUAUGAGCUGCUCUAGGUAGCCUGACUUGCAAGCCUCAGAAUUUUGAAAGGUGGAAAGAAAGACUAAAACAGACAACUAGCACUGUUGAAGUCCCCUGUGUUUUUCCCUAUGAGUUUCCAUGAAUUUUUUAUUUCUCUGGUGUUGCUUUAGUAUCAAAGAAACUAGACCUCGCACUUUAGAAGACAAGAACUACACCCAUUUUUUGCAAAGAUAUUAGGUACAGUGGGCUUCAGGAAUAACACAGAGGUGCAUCCACAGACCAUGUAAGGAUUCUGUUUGAACACUGAGCAGAUAUCCCAUAUGCAUUCCCCAUGCCCGCAUGACUUAGGCUGGCUAUGUACUCCAGGCAAGAGUCAUUUCUAUAGACUGUUAGGAAUGGGCCUUUUCAUCACACCAUUUUGCAUAAUCCUUGUAAGCCUUCCUUUUCGCUAAGACCUUUUGACACCCCAAACUCAGUGAAAGUUAUGGUUUUAACAUAAAAUUCAUCAAAAGUUUGUGUUCCUGCCCUAACUACAGUUUGACAUGUGGGUUAUCAGUUCAUCAACAUAGGUUCCAAAUGCAUUCAGAACUUCUUGGGGGGUUGGCUUGUAGAAGGGAAUCUUUAAAAGGAAGCAGCAUGAGAAAAAAAAUAGGACACAGCCAUGGACAUGUUGCCAGGAGUCUGACAGUGUUCUGAUUCUCUUCGUAGCACAGGGAAUCAAAGAUGACAGACCAGGUCCAACUCAAGGCUGUGGUGUUGACCUGCCCUGUACUGAUGCUGCAUACAGAGGAGCAUGUAUCAGGAUGAUUCCUUUGUCUGAUAUUGUUCUCAUCUUUGGAUUAGAACUUCAUGCCCUCUUUUCUGGCUUUGCCAUUGAUUUUGGAUGGCAGAGAAUGUUCUAAGAGCCUUGAGGUCCAACCUGCAGUGUUAUCCUUCUUCUGGCCCCCAAUUUAUGUUAUCCGUUCUCCUCUCUUAGGUGUGUUCUGAAGGGAAGGUUCAUGUGCUCCCUCCUUGUAGUUGCUAUUCUUUAUAUAUAAUUUGUAUAUAUAUACAUAUAUAUACCAUUGCUAGAGUCUCAGAAAUCAAAGUAAAGCUUCUUUUAGAGCUCUUGUAAAGCGUUUCUGAUUUAAUGAGCCAGUUCAGCAGCAGAGUGACAAGAAAUGGUACUCCAGCCCAGAUUCUUUGCUCACAGUAGUCAUUGAGAGGUCCACCAGCGCCUGGCAGCACCCUGGGCACACACUGUUUCCAGGUCGAGUCAGUGUCCAGUCGCUUCAUGUAGAAAUGCUGAAAGAGCAUUAUUUGCACAGAGAAAAAAGAAAAAGACCCAUGAAUGUCAUCUUUUAUCUUUUGUUUUAGUUGGCUAAUGUUGGAAUUUUUGUUCAUGACAUGCACUUGUAAACCAAUCUUGCCAAGAUACAAGUUAUUUCGGUGUUUUUUUUUUUUCCACUGAAAUUACCUCUUGUUCCUCCUGUCUUGACUGCUGACGUUCCUCAGUGAUUAUAAUGUCUAUUUUGUGGGAAGCAGCCUUCCUGUGGGUUUCCUUUUACACACUGCAGGGCUAUCUUUAUACUUAAAAAAGAAAAAAAAGAAAAAAAAAGAAAACUGUCACUAACCUCAUGGGGGGUUACACACCCAUUUAGCCCACCUUGAGCAAAAGAGUGAUUGCUCAUUGUUUCUUAAAUCAUUGUAAUAAAAAAAAAUCUAGUUUAGCAUCAUUGUGCUACCUCAAAGGUAAAAAUGUUUAAGGGUUUUUUGUCCUUUUUUUUUUUUUGUCCUGAGUCCUAUAUAUCGUGUUUGAGAUGUCUUUCAAUUUGGAAUCAUUUUUUAAAUCAUUGGGGAGAAUUUUAUUUUAAUCCAUUUAACACUUGUAUUUUAAUCUCUAAAGAACAAGUGAUUUGAAAGUGAUCAAUUCUUGCUCUGUAGUAUUGAACAUAUAAUUAAGUCAUUGUUUGCCAUGUAAAAGGUUGGGGUUUUUUAAAGGAAACUCUAGGGCUCGGCUUCACACUUGAUUAAUAAAGGCUGACAAAUCAUGUCUAAUUUUCUGCUCCUGC